CCCGGCCCCGGCUUCGAGCAGUUGAUGCAGCAGCUCGCCGACAACGACCCCAACCGCUAUGGCACGCCGCCUGCCGCCAAGGACGCCGUCGAGAACCUCUCCACCGUCACCGUCGACGAUGACAUGCUGAACUCGGAGCUGAACCAGUGCGCGGUUUUCCAGGACGAGUUCGAGAAGGGGUCGCAUGUGACGCAAAUGCCCUGCAAGCACGUGUACCACGGUGACUGCUUGAUUCCCUGGCUUCGCCUGCACAACUCUUGCCCCGUGUGCCGAUACGAAUUGCCCACGGAUGACGCUGAUUAUAAGAAUCGGACACAGGGGAACGUCGGUGAUGGGUCGAGGUCCAAUGGGAGAGAUAGUGGUGGCAGCGGCAAUGGCGGUGCAGGUGCAAGGGGGAGUAACAGGCCUGUUCACAGGACUUUUAGAAUAUAUCUGGGGAAUCCUUUUGAUACAGGUGGAUCUGCGCACGACAGCGGUGAAAGGAGAUGGAGGAAUUUUCCAGAAGAUAUGGAUUGAAGUUGUAUGUGAGUAGUUCUUGUUUGAAUAUGGCUUU